AUGUCUUCCGUUCAAAGCUCUGAAACCCACAAUGGCUUCUCUAUUGCUCCCCUGCCCACAGUUGACCAUGCGCGCCUCGAAGCGAAAGACGGGGAAGAGGCCCAGCGACUCCUGGAUGCCUGCAAAACCCAUGGAUUCUUCUACCUGAACCUCAGAAGCGUGGGGACAAUCCUAAGUGACUGGCAACAGGUUCUUCGCAUAAUGGAGAAAUACUUCAGUCAGGAUCUCAUGGCAAAGAUGAAAGAUGACCGUCGCAGCGAUACCUACGGAAGCAGCUAUGAGCCCUGCGGAACCUCAGCAGGAGCAGUGCCCGGUACACUCGACUUUUACGAGACUCUGAAGGUAAACAUCAUGGUUGAGAGAGCCCUUAUUCAGAAGACUAAACACAAUCAGAUUGCCCGUUCAGAAAUGUACGAAAAGUCAGCAUCACUCCCACAAACCGCCAAAGACAAUCUCGAGCUCUUUGACCGCUUUAUCCGAGCCGCUGAUACCAUCACCACGACGAUUCUGGCCCGGCUUUCCGAUGUGUUCAAUCUGUGCUCCGGCUCGCGCUUCGAGGACAAACAUCGCCCAGGAGGGAAAUCGCAAAGUACACUGGCUCUCUUCCGAUAUCCAAAGCAAGACGUGCAGGAUAACAAGGUUGGUCAUAACAAGCACACCGACAUUGGAACCCUCACCCUCCUCUUCAGUGAGCAAUGGGGCCUGCAGGUCCUUUCUCCUGAGACAUCAGAGUGGAACUUUGUCGCUCCAAAGCGAGACCAUGCUGUUGUCAAUGUUGGCGACUCGUUGCGCUUUCUCUCUGGGAAUGUACUCAAGUCAUGCGUUCAUCGGGUCGCGCCCCGGAAUGUGUCUUGUCGUCAAGAGGAGCACCGGUACAGUAUCGCAUAUUUUCUCAGAGCGGAGGAUGUAGUGCAAUAUGAGGAUAGCAAGGGUCGCGUGAUCAGCGCUAGAGAUUGGCAUGACGAGAAAUACGAAGCAUUUCGAAUGGGUCACGAUGAGUCUAACAGCGACAGGAUCUUAACUGGUGGGAUGGAGAAGGGUGGGCAAUUCAUUGUUUCAACUAUCUCAGAGGAUGAGUGA